AUGGCGGCUCCAGUAGCGGACGGAAUGGACCUAUUCCUUGUUUCGAACGAAGACUCUGUCUAUGAGCAGGACAUUGUCCGCGAUCCCACACGUGUUAGGCCAUGGCUAGAGUAUAUCGAUUUCAAGGUUCGCCAUGGGAGCGUCCUGGAGCAAGCUUUCGUGAUGGAGCGCGCUUGUAUCAAACUACCACGAUCAUACAAGCUCUGGAAACUCUAUCUCACCUUCCGCGUGAAACACGUGUCGAAGCUCAAUCCAGCAGUCCAUGCCGCCGAAUACCGAAAAGUCAACGCUCUGUUUGAGAAAUCAUUGAUUCUAUUACACAAGAUGCCGUUAAUAUGGGAAAUGUAUCUCAAAUUUCUCAUGAAGCAGCCUCUGGUCACGCUUACUCGCCGAACAUUUGAUCGAGCCCUCCGAGCCCUCCCGAUUACGCAGCACAAUCGCAUAUGGUCGCUGUAUCUUCCAUUUGCCAACGCCGCUUCGGGAGAAACUGCAGUUAAGAUUUGGCGACGAUAUAUGCAGGUCCAUCCGGAAGACGCCGAGGACCUCAUUGAGCUUCUCAUCCUAAGAGGCGCCUACACCGAAGCGGCAAACCGAUAUAUAAAUAUCCUCAACGACACACGGUUUUCGAGCAAACGUGGAAAAGGUCACUAUGAGCUCUGGAACGAGAUGGUCGAAAUGCUGGUUGAGCACGCACCCGACAUUGAAACGAGCUACGAAAACGGAGUUGACGUGGAGGGCAUCAUUAGAUCUGGAAUCAUUCGAUUUAGCGACCAAAGAGGCAAACUCUGGGUUGGGCUCGCAACAUAUUGGAUUAGGAGGGGAAGUUUUGAGCGAGCCCGUGACGUCUUUGAGGAGGGCAUAACAACCGUUAUGACAGUCAGAGACUUUACCCUCAUCUUUGACGCUUAUGCUGAAUUCGAAGAAUCCAUAAUUGGUGCUUUGAUGGACGUAUCAAACUCUCGCGCUGGGAAAGGCAUCGAAAACGAAGAAACAGAUUUAGAGCUUGAUAUCAGGAUGAUGCGAUUCGAGAAUCUCAUGGACCGGCGUCCAUUCCUUCUCAACGAUGUUUUACUUCGACAGAACCCCAACAAUGUUCUCGAAUGGGAAAAACGGGUCGCGCUCUGGGGCGACAAGAACGUCGAGGUUGUUCAGACUUACACGGACGCCAUUACAACUAUCAACCCGAAGAAGGCUGUUGGCCCGUUCCAUCAGCUGUGGGCGAACUACGCCAAGUUUUAUGAACGGGGUGGAGAUAUUAGAAACGCCCGUAUCAUCAUGGAGAAGGCUGUCAAAGUCCCGUUCAAAUCAGUGGCAGAGCUGGCUGAUAUGUGGAUCGAAUGGGCUGAGAUGGAACUCCGCAGUGAGAACUUUGAUGAUGCCGUUCGAGUAAUGGCCAAGGCAAUCCAAGCACCAAAAAGAUCCAACGUUGAUUACUUUGAUGAGGCUUUGUCUCCUCAGCAGCGAGUGCACAAAAGCUGGAAGCUAUGGAGUUUCUACGUGGACUUGGUGGAAAGCGUCUCAACUCUAGAUGAAGUCAAGAAGGUGUAUGAGCGUAUCUUCGAAUUGAGAAUUGCGACGCCUCAAACAGUCGUGAACUAUGCCAACCUUUUGGAAGAGCAUAAGUAUUACGAAGAGUCUUUCAAAAUUUUCGAGCGUGGCUUGGAUCUUUUCAGCUAUCCAGUGGCUUUUGAACUCUGGAAUCUGUAUCUCACCAAGGCUGUCGACAGGAAAAUUGGCAUUGAGAGGUUGCGAGACCUCUUCGAACAGGCGGUAGAAGACUGUCCGCCCAAAUUCGCCAAGACGAUAUACCUCAUGUAUGGAAACUUGGAGGAAGAGCGCGGCCUUGCGCGUCAUGCCAUGCGGAUAUACGAACGAGCAACGCGUGCGGUUUCUGAUGAAGACCGAGCUGACAUGUUCAAUUUUUACAUCACCAAAUCGGCCUCCAAUUUCGGGCUGCCAUCUACGAGACCUAUUUAUGAGCGAGCCAUUACAGCUCUCCCAGACAGCGAAGCUAAGGAAAUGUGUCUCAAGUUUGCAGAUAUGGAGAAACGAUUGGGAGAGAUCGAUCGGGCAAGAGCCAUCUAUGGACACGCCUCACAGUUCUGUGAUCCCCGAACGAACGCUGAUUUCUGGACAAAAUGGGAGCAGUUCGAAGUCCAGCAUGGCAACGAAGACACUUUCAAAGAAAUGCUGCGAAUCAAGCGCAGUGUGCAAGCCAAAUUCAACACUGAUGUCAACUUCAUCGCGUCACAAGCUCUGGCACGAAGUUUACAGAGACCAGAAGGCACCCCGGGCACAGAGGCUGGCGAUCCCAUUGCGGCUCUAGAGAAGCAGUCUCUAGCACCGCAGGGCUUCGUUGCUGCCAGCACAGGGCUCAAAGAUAUGCAACCAAGACAGGAAACUUUGGCAUCCAAUCCAGAUGCUAUUGAUAUUGAUGGUCUUGAUGACUAA